GACAUGAGAAGGGGGCGGGUGCCAUGUUCUACAGUGCAGUCGCAGUUCGGCCACGGCUCUUCGAGAAAGCGUACGCAUUAUGCAGAGCUCAGUUAAAUAUAUUUGUAUAGAUUGUUCCGCAUUGUUACAAGAAGAACGCGUGGAGUGUUUUUGUGUUCGUGACUUCGUCUCAUCAUUCAGACUGAAAAGAUUACAAGACGUAGGCGAAUAAGGUAAACAAUUUGUCGUGACUCAAUCUGUUGUUUAGGGCACAGGAGAGCCCAUUGUUUGGUACUACGCGCAUCAAAGGGGCUCAGGAAAUUGUUUACUCACUAUGGAUAAUACAGAUAAGGAAAAUAGGUCAGACGAGGAAUACGAAUCAGGCGAAGAGGAAGAGGUUGACCCAAGGAUUCAGGGGGAGCUUGAGAAAUUGAAUCAGUCCACAGAUGAUAUCAACAGAUGUGAGACAGAGCUGGAGGAUGCGAGGCAGAGGUUCCGCUCAGUGCUGGUUGAGGCCACCGUGAAACUGGAUGACCUGGUGAAAAAGAUUGGUAAGGCGGUGGAAGAGUCCAAACCAUACUGGGAGGCACGGCGGGUGGCCCGACAGGCUCAGCUGGAGGCACAGAGGGCCACACAAGACUUCCAGAGGGCCACAGAGGUGCUCCGUGCUGCAAAGGAGACCAUCGCCCUGGCUGAACAGAGGCUACUGGAGGAGGACAAGCGUCAGUUCGACUCUGCCUGGCAGGAGAUGCUCAACCACGCCACCCAGAGGGUGAUGGAGGCAGAGCAUACGAAGACAUGCAGCGAGUUGCUACACAAGAAGACUGCGGCCAGGUACAACACCGCCAUGAACCGCAUGAAGCAGCUGGAGAAGAAGCUCAAGCGCACCAUCAGCAAGUCCAAGCCCUAUUUUGAACUGAAGGCAAAAUACUACUUGCAGCUUGAGCAACUAAAAAAGAAUGUGGAUGAGCUGCAGACCAAGCUGACGCAAGCUAAAGGGGAGUAUAAGACGGCUCUGAAAAAUUUGGAGAUGAUCUCAGAUGAGAUCCAUGAGCGACGGCGCUCCUCGGCCAUGGGGCCAAGGGAGAGGGGAGUCGGGGCAGAGGGUGACUGCCUCGGUGGAGAUGACCUCACAAGUUUCAAAAUGGAAUCAGAUGGCAUCUCCUUGGGGUCGGAGUUGUUUGAAGAUGAGAACUGCAGCGCCAUGUCGGAGGUGGACUCUGAGACCCAGUCUACCUGCAGUCAUGGCUCUGUAGGCAGCAGCCCACUGGAGCUGCUUUGCCCCUUUUCUUCUUCUUCCUCCUCCUCCUAUUCCUCCUCUUCCUCCUCCGUUCCCUCACCACCAUCGUGCUCCCCUCCCCGCACGGUGCGGCCCUGCAGUCUGGAGCUGCUCAGCACAGGAUCCCUCUCGGACUUCGCCCUGAUUUCACCCAUUCUGGGACCCCGGAGUGAGUGCAGUGGAGCCUCCUCACCAGAGUGCGACCUGGAGAGAGGUGACCGAGCAGAGGGUGCUGAGGCUGAGAUCAACAACGCUCUCAAUAACAACAGUAGCAUCAGUAGCAUGAAGAGUCGUUUCCGUCUCCUGACCCUAAAACGCGGACAGAUGGACAACACCAAAGACCUCAGACACAAGGCCUUCAGUAUGGCCUAAAGUCCUCCCAGCACAUGCUUGCUUAAUGGGGAGCCGUUACCCCAACCCCACAGUCUUUCCACCCACAUGCUAUGACAUGCUGGCAUUGGCAGCUGCCCAUCUCUCCCUCAUCCAUGAAUUCUGCACUGUUAAUUUUGCCAAGGCUCUUUAGCAUGCUCUGGUGGUUCAGGGAAAGCAAUCGCGCUAGAUCAUACUGACUUUUAAGAGAAAGGGAUUCUUUGGAAUGGCCUGCUGAAAACUUGCUGAGAUCAUCCCUGUUUCUAUAGAGUAAUACUGACCUCUGCAAGUAGCCAAGAGAUAUGAAAGGCCUUUGCAAAUUUAAAGAUUAUAUAUUAGACAGAGCAGUGAUAUGAAUGUUUGGGGGAGGUGUUUUUGUUUUGUUUAAAUGAGAAUCUUUUGCAAAAAUACCUGAUGGAAAGAGUUAAAGAGCUGAGGAAAAAAUGAAGUGAUGGCUGGUAAAUUCACGUGACAUUAACAGACUUUCCCCACUGUUUUUCAUUUUCAAUGUAGCAAAGUCAUGGUACUGUAAAUAGCAGACCAUUAAUCCUUCAGUAAAAUAAAUGCAGACUGUGCUUUGGCUUGGGCCUGUAGCACUGCAGAGACCUCGCCGCCAUGAGUCAACACAAUGAAGCCGUCUCAGAACAACACUUCCAUAUUCAAGAGGAUUCAAAAAGCACUACAACUUCAAUAGCCAGGUGAAAAGAGCAAGCUGAGUUGGACCUCAUCUACAGACAUGCAGUAACUGCUUUCACCUCGUCAUACAUGACCUUCCUCCAUCCCUUCCCUGCCACACCACAUGGGCUAAUCAUGGGCUUUACAAUACACCAGGACAGUAUGCAUGAUGCCGUUUGUCUCUGGAAAAAUGGACUGUCAACAUUUUUGGUAACUUUUCGUAGGAAAAAGGAGCAAUAGAUGAAGAUGCCUUGUGCCUUCCAGCUCUCUUUACAGGAAUGUUUGGAGAAUGGAUCAUAAUGGUGUAUCACAUUAUGUAGCCUAGUUUAAUGCUGUCUGUUAACUGUAAUUGUGCUAUGCUGAGAUCAGCUAGAGGUUGUGAAUCGUUUGCGAAAGAACUGUGCCUCAACCCCCAUUACCCCUUUAGCUAGGGCACAUUUCCCAAAGCAUGAUUCUUCUUGGAGCUGGGUAACCUAGCUCAGCCUUAUCUGUCCAGCAGCAAAAGUAAGCAACAGUCACAUUAGACAGUUUUGACUAUUAUGACUUGUCUUAUGUAGUAUAGAAUAGGGAAUUAACAUGUUAGGAUAUGACUAUUUUUUAAAGUAAAAUGCACAAAGAGUGAUCAAACAUUACAGUAGCAGCUACUAGAUAUAGAGGCACCAGACAAUACUUCAGUUCCACUCAGUAGACUAGGCUGUACAGUCUAUGUAAAACUUUGUAUUGAUUUCCCCCUUUGUAUUUGUGUUUUUGUUGUGCUGUGUAUGUAGUGGGGGAAGACAAACCAUUUCAAUGUGUCUUAUUUUUUCUUGACUUUCUGCUUGUCAUUGUUUCAGGACUUAAAUAAAUACUUCCUGCUUGUUGCAA